AUGGGGAAUACUGAUAAUCUUAUGAACUGGUUCUGUGAUUGGUUUGAUAAGCUCAAUGCGCGUCAGGUUCAAGAGGAGGUAUUAUUUAAAAUAACGAUAGUAGUAUGGUGCAUAUGGUUUUUUAGAUGUGAAAAAGCCUUCAACAAUAUUCAAGUUACUCCAGAAAUGAUCACACAUAAGUGCAGAAAAGAGAUCUCUGAGUUUGAAGCUAAACAAGUUUCUACCCCAAGGGCUAAUCUUUCUAUCUCUAGAACUAACUUGCACUGGUCUCCUCCUUCAAGAGACACUUUUAAAAUUAAUUGUGAUGGCUCGUUUCAGCAUAUUAAUAAAACAGGUGGAGUAGGACUGAUUAUCUGUGAUUUUGCAGGUACCCAUAGGGGAUCAAAAUGCAUAUAUUUGAACCAUAUAUGGAGUGCGGAACAAGCUAAAAGUAGAGGGUUAUGGGAGGCAGUGCAUUGGGCUAAGGAGCAGAAAUUAGAGAAGGUCGUCUUCGAGCUGGAUUCAAAGAUCGUGGUGGAUGCAGUUAACAAUGAAGUUUUCAAUAUAGAUUGA